AUGGAGAAGAUGAGAGCUUUGGGUUUUGCAACGUCGAUUUUGUCAAGAAAUGUUUUGCUUAAUCUCUACUAUCAAACACAGAACUAUGACAAAUUGGAAAAUUUGGUAUGUGAAAUGCAAGAAGAGGGUAUUAAUUUCAAUAGCUAUACAUUUGGUACCCUGAUUAGUGCUUACGCUGCCUCUUCUAAUACGGAGGGAAUUGACAAGCUUCUCGCACUGAAACAAGGACUCUUUGAAAAAGCUUUUAAUGUCUUAAAGAAUUCAGAGAGGCUCAUAACUAACAAAAAGAGGAGAGUGGCCCUUACUUUCCUUAUGACUCGAUAUGCAGCAAUGAUCAAGAAAGAAGUGAUGAGACUAUGGAAACUUUUAACAACAGAUGGGAAGUUAUACAGUAGAGAUUAUUUAGCUGUAAUUGCUUCAGUUCUUAAGUUUGAGGACUUUGAAAGUGCUGAGAAUAUAUUUAAGAAUUGGGAAUCUAAAAAUCAGAGUUUUGAUAUUCGGAUUCCAAACGUGAUGAUUGGAGCUUACAGCAAGAAGGGCAAUAUGGAGGCAGCUGAAUCUGUUGUUGAUUGGACAAUCAUAAACAAUGGAGAGCCAAAUUCAAAGACUUGGUCCUAUCUCUCAAGUGGGUAUAUUGAACAAGAUAAAGGAGAUAUGGAAGGAGCAGAGGAGUUGGUAAGGUUACUUAGGAACAAGGAUCUUGUCUCCCUUGAUGUUCACAAGAAGCUGAUGAAUUGGAUUAAGGAUGUUGAAUCAAACGUGCAUGCAAUUGAUGUGUUGUGUGGAGAUUCACAUAAACAAACAAAUGGAGUUUCAGAAGCCAAAGGAAGACAGGAGCAGCAAUGA